AUGGUCCGGGAAAAAGCUCAACAAUUGGCCGUCAAUAUGGAUGUAGAAUUCGAGCCCACUCUUGGUUGGCUGUACCGAUGGCAAAAGCGUGAAGGCAUUUCAGUGAAACAAAUUCAUGGGGAGGGUGCAUCUGCGAAUAUUAAAAGCGCCAAUGACUUUUUUGAAUUACUACCCAACUUAAUCCAGAAUUACAGCGCUAAGGACAUAUUCAACGCUGAUGAAAGUGGACUAUCCUAUAAAGCAUUGCCUAGGUCUUCUUUAACCAGCAGUGGUGAUAACUCAAAAGAAUUUAAGUCAUCAAAGGAGCGCCUGACGUGCCAAUUUGUUAAGGAAUCCUUCGAGGUUGAAGAGCUUUCACAAGAAGCAGGAAUAGUGGAACUUGUGAAUAGCGAUGAGUUUCUUCACGAGGAAUAUUAA